GUUAGAGAAUCAAAUUCAUUCGUCUUUAAUAAAGAAAUUCGAUUCCUCUCUCAGAAUAGAAUACAUUAAAAUUUAAAAGCGCAUAGGUUGAUUUCAGAAACCCAAUCUCUGGUGAACUCCAGAGUUUUGAGAGUUCAUCAUUUAAGAAAAUUGAGUGAUUUUAUCAAGAAACUCAAUCUCUGGUGAACUUAAUUUUGUUGGGGUAGUGAAAAAUAUGGGUUUCUCACUGGUGAAUUUCAUGGGUUCUCAGCUUAUGCAAAAGGAAGGGCAUCAGAAAUUUUUGAAGUUUGAUUUUAUUAUCAAUAAAAGGAGGGACCUGAGUUCAAGUUUGAAGCUUCCAAAGAGUAGAAUUCAGUCAGGUAGAAUCCUUAUGUGCAAGGGUGAAGCAAUGGAGUUUGAAAAGAGAACAAGCCCUAAUGAGGUGAAAAAGGAGUUAGAGAAAUGCUAUGAACUCAUAGAAAGGCUAGGAAGAGGUGUCUUAUACCUGGGAUCCUCAAGAAUGGGACCAGAUCAUCCACAUUUCCUGCAAACACAGGAGUUAGGGAGAGAGGUUGCAAUGCUUUUGAAUUGCACUUCAUGGAGUGGAGUUGGUCCAGGUCUCAUGGAUGCUGCAACUAGAGGUGCUCUGCAAGCAGGGAAGCCAGUUGGUGGGUUUAAGAUUGCUAGGGAAGCUGGUGAAUGGACGGCGUCAAAUUUCCAUCCUUACCUCGCUACUGGAACAUAUCUCACCUGCAGGUUCUUUUCUGCCCGAAAACAUGGUCUUGUGGAUGCUGCUGUGAGACGCAAUGCUUCAGAACGGACAGCCGUGAUUGCUCUGCCUGGUGGUAUUGGAACACUUGAUGAAAUAUUCGAGAUUCUAGCAUUGAUUCAGCUGCAGAGGAUUGGAUCAGCGCUUCCCGUCCCGUUCAUCUUGAUGAACUAUGACUCGUUCUAUUCAAAGCUAUUUGAAUUCCUUGAUGAAUGUGAGGUUUCAGGUGCAGUCUCAAAAGGAGAAGUAGCAUCAUUGUGGAAGAUCUGCAGUGGAAACUCUGAAGCUUUGAAGUACUUGGCUGAAUUUUAUGAUCUUCCGCAGCCGAGUUGCAGUGAAGGAUGAAGCUGAAAUAGCACGGUUCCUUGAUAGAGAUUAGAAAUAAGCUAAUGAAACUAGUUUCUCAUACAACAUCCUUCUAACCGCGGGAAUCCUAACACCAAUAGAGUAUACAAACUCGUGCAACAGGUUAUAAUGACAAGAAUGGUGGGAACCCUAUUUUUUUUAACAUUGAGGUUAUGAUACACAGCAGAUAUUGGAACACCAAACCAAGUUUUACUGUAACUCAUUUAUAAUGUAGAAUCAGUUUCAUUAAA